AUCUGACGGAAAAGAAAUGACUGGGCUCAGCAGCCGAGUUCGCAUCAUUUCUGCGGUGCCUUCCGAAGUGAUUCGACGGUCUGGACAUCCUGUGACAUCAAUUUGCACGUUAGCUCCAUCAGUUCAUGUAUCUAAAUCUACUGCAACCGGUGCUACAACUUCUUCGGUCGCACCGAUUUCAACUUCCUACAGAGGUGCAACUUUGACGAAUACAACUUCUACCCUAACAGGGUCACUUAGUUCCACUGCUCCAGGGAAGCCGGUAGCAAUUUCCAUGCAAAAUCUCGGUUUUUUUACCUCAAAUUCAGUAACAACUGGCCCCACGCCUGCAGUCAGAUUACCUCUUGCUGAAAGCAAUUCUGGGACGACGGGGAUUUCUGUCUCAGCCACUACCGUCUCUGCGGUUUCUAGAUCAUUGCUUGUACCUGAGAAUGCUGGAAAUCAGUGUAGAGACAGAUGGAUUGCAGCCACUCGUGCCCAGUUAGCAUCUCCCAUGAUCCGGCCCAGUUUAUCAGUUCUGUCUUCUACCCCGUCUAUGGAUACAAAUAUUAGAUCUGGAAUCAUAGGCUUUUCUUCAUCCUCUUUGGCUCCAUGCAAUGGAUCCCUUCAAACGACUGUCAGUACAGUAAAUUUUGUUAGAACUUCUUCACUUGGUCUACCCGACAGCAGUAUAUCACGCAAUAUCGUCAGACAUGGCCAGAUGUCUAAUCAGACACAAGUUGCUUCAUUUCGGCGAGGCGAUGGAAAUCAUAACUCGAUUGAGUCCCUCCGAACGAAUAAAUUGAGACUUUCUAUCGGCGACCGCAAAAAUAUAAUAGCAGAAACUAUUGCAGUUGGACUCGCUAAGGUUUCUAACCACAGCUGCGGCAGCACGCAUAGCCGAACAGGCGAUGAAAGCAGUCUCAGCAGCAUAGGCUCAGGUCGCAACCGUCUAGAGUCAAGCUCCCGACUAACUUCUACUUUGUCACCUACAUCCUCCGCCCGCAACCUUGUCAACCGGCCAGGAGUUGUUUCAGAGUCUUUGCGGUCACCCCAACACGCAACCAAUAUAGCCCUGUCGUGCAGAAAUCGUAGAUCUGGUGAUGCCGAUCUCCGUAAAUCUAGUCUGCUCGCUGUCCACCCUGAGAGCACUGUGUCCACGACCUCGUCCAUCGUUCACGGCUCCAACUCCUCCCUGGCCUGGCUUGCAAGGCCAGGUUCGAUCUCAACAUCUGGGAUGUCUAGCAGGCCGGGCACCACUUUGGCCGGCUCUUCAGACUGCGUAGCAACAGUUUCUGCUUCAGGCAGUGCCAAUUCCGCCAUUCUGUCUCCUCCUUUGGGCGGAUCCAGCUCUCAGCGGGUUUUCAAUCUUCUCAGUCCGAGUUCACCUUCUGCCAAGCCAACAAGCUUAUCUUCCUCUACACCUGGCAUCUCCAAUAUGGUGACUAUUGACUCAACAAGUCCAAGUUGCUCUGGCAUCAUCACUCCUGUUGUCAAUGGUGGUCAUCACCUAAUGUUGUGUUCUCCGGCUAUUGGCCUGGGUUCUAGCAUCUCUACUCGAUUUCGUCUUAGCCCUGCUGCCGCCGACAACAGUUCUAGCAGCGUGGGCAGCUCCACAAGCCAAACUAGUUCGCGUUCCACCGGUUCGGCUGCUUCUUUUGCAUUGAGUGUGGUCACGUCUGUAGCACCAAGGACGGUGGCCUCUUGUGCUUCUGGAGAACCCUCAGAGAAUAACUCCGGCUCGGCCCCAAGCCUGACGUCUGGGGCUGGCGUAAAGAGAAAGGCAGGCCUAGGUGUUGUUUCAUCUUCUUCAUCCUCUUCUUCUUCUUCCUCUUCUUCUUCUUCCCGUUUCCCGCAGGCAUCCGCAGAAAUAAGUGAAUCAAAGCGCCAGCGUUUGGUUGAGCGCGGAGAAACUCCUGUAAGCGGCAGUGUAAAAAAGCCGAUUUUAGGUUCAUUCUCUCCACAAUUGAUUGUGCGCAGACCGGCUGAUCAGAGCAAGCCCAGCCUUGGAACCCUUGCCGCCUCUUUGUCUCCUACAUGUUCUGUUGGGCCAUUAGGUCUAUCAGGAAUUGCAUGCCAAUCGGGUUAUCUAGAUCCCCGUUUAAAAGAUGACUAUCUGGUCGGACGUCCUCUAUCACCCACUUCGUUGGAUAAAAGUACAUCGAGUACUUCCCCUACAUCUCUGACAGCAAUAACAACAUCUCCUAGCAGCUCAUACUGCUCAAAUUCAACCACUAUUACUAACAUUGUCAGUAGUCCUGGUCAUCAGAAUUCAUCGGUGUGUAUCACUCCUUCUUCUGUGAGCCUGACCGAAUCGGCAAUGAUUGGAAACGUGGAAAAUCUAUGGCAUGAAUCUAUGUACGAUAAAAUCAAGAGGCGUGCUAGCAAAGAGGCAGAGCAACGUCGACAAAAGCGUGAAGAAUUAGCAGCCUCAAGAGAGGAAAAGCGUAAGCGUGAAAGGAAACGAGGCGCCUCCUCUCGAACUUGUACCAGUAGUGGAACGACAGCCGGAAAGUCUUCUAUCCACCCUGGUCCCUCUACUCCGGGCCAUGUGGAAGAUAGUAGCGGCAGUGCCUAUCUGAAUACCUCGCCUGCCUCUUCUUUCGGAAUGGGCCUAAGCUCGACUGGUAGUAUAUCAGUGCCGGGAAGUCCCACUUCAAACCUUGGAGGCUCAGCUCCCACGGUGUCUCGCCGAUCAACUAAGCCAAUCUCAUCUACUGCAAUCUUAGGCAAGUCCACCUCUUUUUCAGAGAAGAACUUGUCUUUGCAACAACGACUAAACGCUUGUACUACGCCUUCCUCGAAUUCGGGUGUGGCUAUUUCUAACCUCAAGGUGUCACCUCCUACAAUGCGACUUAGCCUUGGAAUGAGCUUCCCAGUCUCGGCGCCCUACCACCAAACUUUCCGGCCCCAGGUUUCAUCUAUCACUUCCCAACAUCAACCAAUGGUAUCAGGUUGUCAUGUGAAAGCUCCACUUACAAAUUCCUUAAAAGGGAUAAAGAGGCAAUCUAUUUCACGUUUCUCCCGGUUGUCCGAAUCCUCCUUAAGUGAUGAAGAACAAUCUCAGAAACAAGAUAUAGAAGCAGACAUUUGUGAAACUACUUUGGCAAAACCCUCUUCUCCGAUUCCCAUAAAAUUAGUUAGUGAUCGACGCGAUUUAGGGUCUCGUUCGUCUCGGAAGUCGUUAAGACGUCAACGGCCUUUUUCUCACCGAUCCCUGGCUCCACCUUCAUCUUCCAUAACAGCCAGCGCAGUGCUAUCCUCUGCUCCAGGCAGGCGAGAUCUUGUUUUCUCGAGCCUCAAGUCAGCUGUCCGCAAAACUCCUUCAGCUAGCUUCGAUGUGCAUCGGGAUUUGCAACUUUCCAGUCCAGAUGCAGACUCAGAUCUGGGCGGCAGAGGAGACAAAUUCGAAGGUUGCCAACAGCACCGAAUCACUCCUUCCACUCGUAUUCAAGCUGUGCACUGCACAACAAAACAGCUUAAUUCCAGAUUACGAACUGACACUUCCGCUCUUGAAUCCUCUCCAUCUUCUCUAGAUGGAACUCUUGCUAUCAGGCAUUUAACUAAUACUGGCGGCCAUUUAUCCUCCGAUCAUUCGUUGUUGUCUACACGUGGGCAUUCAUGUGGUUUAUCAUCUAUUGCCAAAUCAUCUUUCGGUUUUUCUAGCUCCAGGUGCACUGGCACAACUCCUACUCACAGGUCGACUGUUUCUUCUGCUUGCGCAAUUGGGCUCCCUGACUCAAGAUCAGAACAAUUCUCGAAGCACCAGAGGCGGCGACAUCAUCGCAGACACGAAGAAUCUCGGUCUAAUGCCAACCGUCGUCAUCGAAAGAAACGAAGAACAGAGGAAAGUGCUUUACUUAAAGAAAGUGCUGAUGAGCGAAUGAUUGAAGUAAAUAAACUUGAAGGAGGUGAGGUAAAAACUGUUCAGGAAAAGUAUGAAGAUGAUGCUGAAAGAUCUCAUGCAUCUAUUGAUGAUGAUAGCAAAAAGAUGCUGCUAUCCUUUAAGGAUAGAGAAACCAACAAAUCAUUAAGAGGUCACAGCACUGUGCCUUCUAGCCUAGCUUCAUCUGAGGAUGAUGUUGAUGAUGCGGAAGAGAAUGCUUCUUUCGACGAUGGAGGCCGUGUAUGCACUCACCGUCGCAUUGAGCAUGCUCACCAUCAACGGCAUCAUCAUCGACAUCGUUACCACUUGCAACACCACCAACAGAUACGGCGUUCUAGCGAUGCCUCUAGUCUAUCCGACGAAGAUGCGGCUGCUUCUUUGGAUAAUCGAGUUUAUACUGCUAAGCGUUUGCUUCGCGCACAAGUUACUUCCGCUAGUGGAACUGUGCUCUCUUCGACCUAUCCACAGCAUCAGCAUAACUUCCAGCAUCACUAUCAUCAACGGCAUCAACCAUUGCCUCAUCAUCGUCGCUCUGCACAAGGACAUCGCCAUCUGGUGGACUGCAUCAGUCCAAGUCCUCCAAUAAAUCGGCUUUCUGAUGAUGUUUCUAGCUUGCGCCCCAUCAAUGCGCCAAUAACAGCUCGUUGUCUUAUCACUUCCGAUAGCCUUGAAUAUGCAAACACUUCAAGAUUACAAAAUUCGCAGAUUCAACACAAUACUUAUAAUCAUCAUCAUCACCAUCAUCACCACAAUCACCAUAUUCGACAUAGAUCUUGUCCGUCGGAUGCGAGUCCAUCUAGCAUUGUUAGUGGUAGCAUAGAUGGUGAGGAUGAUGAGGAGGCUCGCUUUCUUGACGAUUACGAUGACCGAUUAUCUCCCAAUUCGAAAUCUACUCCGUCAACAGAAGCUAUGGAAAACUUCGAUGGCGAUUUCGGCAGCCCACGGAUGAGGUCGACAGAGGAUGAUUGGCACUCGAGUAUGCUAUCUAAUUCGCCACUUCACUUGGGCAGUCACUCCGAUGAGUGUGCUGUCACAGUCGGCGAAGAGCAUAAUCUCCAGCCGUGUGAAACUGAGGGGCAGAUGGCUGAAGACGAUGAUAAGGAUGAAGAUGAUGGCGUACGGGAUAAAGAAGAUAAGAUUCAAAGUCACUUGAAUUCUAGCAGUGACGAAGACGCCCAUCAAGCUAGCCAAAAUACAUCCGCUUUUGCCGAAAUUGAUCAGAAGGAGGUACCCACUUCACCUCAAGACAAGCUGUCGUCCACUAAGCCCAUUGAGAUAACCGAUAAGACUUUCGGGCAUGCGUGCUCCUUUGAAUCUCCACAAAAGCAUGCGACUUCUCAGGACGUUGAAGUUCCAUAUUUUUCUCUCAAACUUGGGCUCACCUCUGGCCAUCAGCAAUCCAACAAAGAUCUCUCAUUACCUCUCAAGCUGGAAUCUACUCCUAAUUCCCUAGAGCCUGACAAACUGGAGGCGAAUACAGACGACCUUUCCCAACCUACUAAAACCUUGGAUAGUCUAUUGCCAGAUGGAGGAAUUACCACUACUGCUGCUUCGGAAAUUUCAUUUCCUCUUCUCCCCCCUAGCGUCUCAGCUAAGCUUACCCCCAAGGACCAGCCCUCUGCUGGAGACGAUAAUGUCGAUACUUGCUGUCCGAGUUUUGCUUCGAAGCCUUCGCCUCUUCAAGAGUCUGCUGUCCCUUCCUUAUGCCUAUUUACUUCCAAGUUAGAUUCAAAGCUAAGGCCAGAUGCAAGACUUGGCCUCAAGCCCGAUACUUCACCUAAUCUCAACGAGAAAGGACCAUCUAUUCUUUCGGAAUCUGCUUCAAUUAGCCUUUCCUGCCAUCUGGCUUCUUCAGCCUCAUCAUUUUCUUCUUCUUUUUCUUCAUCCUCCUCCUCAUCAACGUCUCCUCCUUCCUUCACUCAGCCCGGUAAGCUGAUAAAUCGUGUUUCUGCUGCAUUUUCCGCAAAGGAUGGAUCUAGCCAGUUGCCCAUUGAUCAGCAUUCUUCCAACAUACUCUCUAUCUCCUCUACAUCUACAUCUCCUUUAACAACUGCAACCAACAGUAACAACAGUCCUGCUUCCAUAUUUGCACUUGCUUCUCCUUUACACAACAAUCAGCAACCGAAUCCUUCACAAACCCAACACGGACAGCAAAUUUCACAGCUAUUACGCCCAGAUAGCUUAUCCCAAUCUGUUGGCUCAAGCUUGAUCCUCGUUUCUUCUCAGUCACAAGUCGACACAACUCUGGCAGGUGCUACUGUAUCAAAAUCUUUUGAUUUUGACUCCAACUCUCCUAAGGGUCCCAAACUGAAGCCUUCGGUUUCUCACCCUAAUCCAUCCCUGCCUUCAAGCUCACCAUUUUCGAGUUUAACUCAAACUAUCUCUCGACGACAGAAGUCUCCCCCAUAUACGACGAUAAAAAUUUCUAUAGCUGAGACACCUUUGUCCACAAACAUUUCCUCACCAUCAGAUGCUGUCGUGUCAGUUGGCCGCAUUCCUUCUGCAGCAAAGUCCAGUCCU